CCAUGUUGGGGCGGGGCCCGCGCGCUGUGCCGGGAAGAUGGCGGCGGGCGGCAGGGCCUGGGCAGCGGCUGCGUUGCUGUCGCCGUGGCGGCUGCAGGCCCCGCGCCGGGCCUACGGCUGUGCGGCUGCCCCCGCGCGGGGGGGCGCCGGGCGCCGGGCACUGCUGGGUGCUGCCUUCGCGCUGGGCGGCGGCGCCGGCCUCUACCUGGCGGCGCGGCAGCGGCUGCGGGAGCACUCGGCCGCUGAGCUGCCUGCCGGGAACCUCCAGCUCACUCUCUACCAGUAUAAAACGUGUCCUUUCUGCAGCAAAGUCCGAGCUUUUCUUGAUUAUCAUGGACUGCCCUAUGAAAUUGUGGAAGUGAACCCAAUAAUGAGGAAAGAGAUUAAAUUCUCUACCUACAGAAAGGUGCCUAUCCUCCUCGCCAAUGCUGGAAGCCCCCUGCAAUUGAAUGACUCCUCGGUGAUCAUCAGUGCAAUAAAGACCUACCUGAUUUCCAGGAGGAACAGCUUAGAAGAGAUAGUGUCCUUUUAUCCUCCUAUGAAAACAGUCACUGAGCAAGGCAAGGAGGUAUUUGAGUAUGGGAAUAAAUACUGGCUCAUGCUGGAUGAGAAGGAGACAAAGCGGGUCUAUCCUGUCAAUGAAGUGAGAGUGGAAGAAAUGAAGUGGAGAAAAUGGGCAGAUGAUUGGCUUGUUCACCUCAUCUCCCCCAACGUUUACCGUACCCCCAGAGAAGCCUUGGCAUCUUUUGAUUACAUCGUCCGGGAGGGGAAGUUUGGCACUGUGGAAGGUUUCUUUGCCAAGUACCUGGGGGCUGUUGCCAUGUUUUUCGUUAGCAAGAGGCUGAAGAAAAGACAUCACCUUCAAGAUAAUGUUCGAGAGGACUUGUAUGAAGCAGUUAAUGAGUGGGUGAAAGCUGUUGGCAAACAUCGCCUCUUCAUGGGUGGAAACCAGCCGAACCUUGCUGACCUGGCGGUGUACGGAGUCCUCCGGGUGAUGGAAGGGCUGGAAGCCUUUGAUGACAUGAUGGUUCACACCAAGAUCCAGCCUUGGUACCAGCGCAUGGAAGAAGUCAUUCAAAAAGCUGUGGUUGCAGCCUGAUGCCCACUGCAGCUGCCUUCCUGAAGUACUUGCAUGGUAAAACACUUCAAAAGGAACAGCAUUUAUUUUUUAAGAGUCAAAAGGACUGGUCGCACCUCCUGGACUGGCAUGCAGGCAGGGACACUGUCCCGUUCAGAAUGAGGUUGCAGAGAGCCGAAGAGAUCCAGCUGAGUGUAUGUUUGAACAUGAUAUUUAGAAGGAUGAGGACGGGUAAAAGUAAGGGGUCGGAUGCUGCUGGAAAGAAGCUCUGAACUGAAGAAUGUGGCACAUAGGCUUCUUUUAGACAAGAACCAUUCUUCUUUAGAAGCAAGCUGCUCUUGGGUGGUGAGUGUUACAGCCAUACCAGAUACAGUAGGUCUGAGCAGCUUCUGCUUCAGGCUGUCUUCCGCUACUCAUCCGUGUCAUUGGAAGUGCUUGCUGACUGAGACACUGGAUACUAGUUCUUAAGUGACAAUUUUUCCUGCAGUAAAAUCCUGUAAGCUCAGUGCUAAGGGAACUGGAGGAAUCCAUGGUACUGGGGAAGGCAUCCUUCCUGCAACAGAAACAAUGCUGCGCUCGGCAGAUUGUACGCUUUUACUCUUCCAUGUAAACGGUUCUUCCCGUACUUGAUUCUGUACAGUCUGCAGGGAUAAAGGCUUGCUUCUUUCUGUGC